UAUUAACUUAUUAACUUUAAUAUUUAAUUUUUUAAUCACUAUUUAAAUUUUUACUAGAAAAUAUCUUUGUAUUAGCUUCUUCGACACAAUUAAGAAUUCUGUAAAACUAAUUAAAAAAUAUUUUCUAUUAAUAAAGAAAUGUUGGUAAUUUGUUUCAAGAUCCUCUUAAACUGGAAUACAGAUUAUUCCUAAUUUAUAACUAUGUAUUGAAUAAACUGAUCUAUUUUCUAAUUAAGAAUAAAGAAUCUGUUUAGUCCAAUGAGUUAAUAAUCAACCACUCGCAGUGAAGAAUUCUUAAGACGCAAUAUGCCAUUUUUCUCGAUUCACUUAUUAUUUUUUUACAUGCGGAGAGAAAAGAUUAUAUUUCGCAGAUUUGUUUCUAUUCAUGUCAUCUAGGAUGAGCUGGGAUGAACCAAAUCGCGCGCCGUUCCCCGGGCGUAGCCCAGAAGAACCGAAGGCAAGAACCAAUCGUAUUAAUGUGUCACGAAGCUGCUUUUCCGCUGUAAACGCGGCACUAUUUCUCGCUGUUUCUCGCACCACCCGCGCGCGAUCCUGACGCACGACUCCAUUUUGAAUUUUCUUGUGCAAGUAAGCAUUUUUUCCGGGAGCCAAUUGUUGGAAGUCGACCGCCCUUGGAAAUGCUUACGAGAUACAUCGGGAGGCUGCAACCGCUUAAGACGGACGUCGUCAAGUGCGGUGUACAUAAAUGCUCGUCAAUUUUAGAUACCACGUCGAAAGGGACGAUCGGAAAGCCUGCCAAAGUACAGAUUGAUCUUCGUGUGCCUAGGGAUGGGUACGCGCGUUGCGAAAGAUGAAGGAUAACAUAUUCAUCGACGUUUCCGACGGAUCCACGUGCGAGAUGCUACAAGUUGUCCUGCCGAAGACGAUUACACCCGACGAUCUACGUUAUGGAAGUAGCGUCAGUGUAGAAGGAGAACUGGCUCUGGCUCCCAGCGGUAGGGCCGAACUACGCGCGACUGAGGUGCACGUGAUCGGCGCAUGCAACGUUUUGGAGGACGGUUAUCCGUUCGCGCCAAGAAAGAAAUACGACUCGGACUAUAUCAGGCAGUAUUUACAUUUGAGGCCGAGAACGCGGCACUUUUCCAGCUUGUUGAGGCUGCGCGAUCUUGCCUCUGUAAUGAUUGCGGAUCAUCUAAGAGAUAGGGAGUUUAUAAGCGUGCAUACGCCGAUGUUGACGUCCAACGAUUGUGAGGGCGCGGGCGAGGUGUUCGUCGUCAGGCCACAGUCCAAGCAGGUUCUAGAGAGUAUGAAAAAGGAGGGUCAGAAAUCUGAGGAUGACAUUUACUUUGAUACCACCACCUUCCUCACUGUCUCCGGACAGUUACAUCUGGAGGCGGUAGCAAGAGCUCUCACAAGGGUAUACACCUUCGGACCCACAUUCAGGGCGGAAAAUUCAAAGUCGAGAUUGCAUUUAUCAGAAUUUUACAUGUUAGAGACGGAGAUAGCGUUUCUCACGUGUAUCGAAGAACUGAUAGAGGAAGUUGAGCUUCUAGUGAAACGUGUCACCGAGCGAAUGAUCGAGAAGGGAAUCUCGGAUCUGCGUGCGAUUGACGCCCCGGAACCGCAAUGGUUGAACAAACCGUUCGGACGUUUAACGUAUGAAGAUGCGUUCAACGUGUUGAAUAAUCACGCGAAUCAAUUGCAACAACCCGUCAAGUAUGGAGAGGCAUUCUCAAAGGAGCAUGAACUGUUUUUGGUACAACAUAACGACGGGGUGCCAGUGUUCGUUAUUAACUGGCCAAAAAUCAUUAAGCCAUUUUAUAUGAAAGAGUGCACAGAGGAUGCAUCCAAGGUAGCGGCAUUGGAUCUGCUGGUACCAAACGUGGGAGAACUAGUAGGAGGCAGCAUCCGCGAGGAUAAUUAUGAGAAAUUACAGUUAAAGCUACCAAUCACGGGGAAUCUCUCAUGGUAUUUAGAUUUACGGAAAUAUGGAAAUGUACCAACAGGUGGCUUUGGAAUGGGUUUCGACAGAUUCUUGCAGUGUCUCUUGGGGAUCGGCAAUAUCAAGGACACCGUGCCUUUCCCCAGAUGGCCGCACAAUUGCAAUUUAUGAAUAAAGUUUUCAGGGUUGUCGUCUCAUUUAAUCCCCUCCCUCUAAAAAAAAAAAAAAAAAAAAAAAGA